UGGUGAUGAAAGGUUGCUGAAAGAUUAUGCAUCUCUAGGAUCAAUAGUAUUAUAUUCGAACAGACAGCAUCUUCCUGACUGUACCAUCCGGCUACUGCAAUGCCUUUGCGUGCCCCCUUCAGUCCUUUGUGGACAUAUCUUCGGCCAUCUAAAGCUUCAUCUACGCACCUGAUCACCGCGCGAUAUGCUUCCCUCAACUCGGCCAUCAGUCGUGGUAUUCGCAAAUCCAAUGCAAGAGACGGUGACAACUCUUAUUCGAAACCGCGAGAAUCUUCUUAUGAUGACCGUCGUCAACGGGAUUCAAGACCUAACAGGCCCCAAAACAAUCCAAAAAAAUACGGCGAGUCAUGGCGGAGAGAACGCGAAUUCGACGAGGAUGAGUUUAUCAGAACAGGCAACUUCCGUGGAUUGCCUCGGGAGCACCAAACCUCUCGGAUAUCGAACUUCCAGGGCAAAGAAAGGCCGUCGAGAUAUCAGUCCGAGCCUCGAGAGUAUCAAAAUGACCGGAAACCGAGCUAUCAGAGCAGGGAAACGAGAUACCAGUCUGAGCCUCGCAAAGGUCAUGCUCUGCCCCCGGAAGAUGUCGAAUAUCGGACAAAGCGUAACGCUGGUCGAGCUGAAACACCAAGACACCAUCGCUUCACGGACACAAUCCCAGAGCGGGUGAAGGACAACGUUCGGGUUCCUGACUCGAUCCCAUACACCACGCCCGCUUCGGAGUUCAUUUAUGGAACUAGUGCUGUUGAGGCGGCGAUGCGUUGCAGCAGACGUCAGCUAUACAAACUGUAUAUAUACCAGGGUGCCGGGGAGGAGCUCAGUGCUGCAAAGGUUGCACUUCGCAAACUUGCGCUGUCCAAGAACAUCAAAGUGAAAAUGGCAUUUGCGGGCUGGGACCGACUACUGGACAAAAUGAGUGCUGGACGACCACACAACGGUUGUAUUCUCGAGGCAUCUCCUUUACCUCAGCUGCCAGUCAGAAGUUUCCAUACGGUCUCAUCUCUCGAUGAAUCCGAUUUCCGGGUGGAAUUGGCUCCUCAGUCACGGGAAGAGGCAGUAGUGAAUGGUAUGAAUGAUCGUGUCUCGAUCAACAGCCUGCAUGCUCAGGAGCGGAAGAGAUACCCAGUCACUCUACUGCUCGAUGGAAUUGUCGAUACUGGCAACAUGGGUGCGAUCAUUCGCUCCGCAUACUAUCUUGGGAUCGACGCCAUUGUCUUCGCUGGCCGAAACUCAGCGCCUCUAUCCCCAGUGACAAUCAAAGCCUCCGCGGGUGCUGCGGAGAACAUGACUCUCCUCCAGGUCAACAAUGAAACUACAUUCAUUCAACAGUCCAAGGCCAACGGGUGGCGAUUUUACGCAGCCGAUGCCCCCGGUCCUGGCUCGAAAUAUAUCGACCCCUUGUCGAACGGCGAUAGUAAUAUCACGAAUCCUGGCGAUAUCAACUACAACCUCCUGACUCAGGCACCCAGUGUCAUCAUGAUGGGAAGCGAAAGUUCUGGUCUGAGCUCACACAUCAAAGCGCUGGCUGAUUCGAUCGUCAGCAUCCCGGGAGCCAGACUCAGUCCCACCUUGGGUGUUGCAUCUGACCCAGCCCGAGUUGACAGUCUCAAUGUGAGUGUUGCCGCAGCUUUGCUCAUGGAGAUGUUCCUACGGGUUCCGCUUGCUGUGUCUGAAAUGCCGCAGAGCGAACGCGUCUGGUGAGAGGAAAGACUGGCUGGUGGUGAACGAGCUGUAAUAUAACACAUUUACUUGUACAGUAGUUGCAUAUAAUAUGGGCAUUUCAGAUUUUGGGCAAUAACAAGUGACGCUCU